ACACAGAUGGAUGAUUGGAGUUAAGCCUGUUCUACUCAAACAAAACUAUCAUAAAUUCAUGUGCAAAAAUGCAGCAAGGGACCCAUUGAGGCACUAACGAAGCGAGCUGAGAUUUCCCCUGGGGCCUUCAGUCUAGAGCCACAGGUUGAAGACAUGAGGAUCACGGACGGUGUAGAACAUGUGUGGUAGGAGGUGUCUCGUUACCAUGUCAACACAAAGCAUGCUCUCUGCAGACCAGCUUACAGUUGCCUUGGAGACCAGCAAGAGUCUGUAGCACAGAAAUGAUAUAAAAAAACUGUUUGUUUUCUUUGAGCAGAUGUCAUCUGUAUCCCACACGAUCAGAGUGUUCAUACAAAGCAGAACUUUAAGAACAUCACUUACUGAGUAUUUAGAAAAAUACACUGAAAACUGAUUAGGCUAAAGAAAUGAAUCACCUCAUUUGUUAUUGUCCAUAGUUUGUGUUACAACAUAUAACAGGCAAGUGAAGCUCAGGCGGUUUGUAGUGAUGCUGUGCUUAGCACUUAGUUCGGCCGAGUUUCAGUUUUUUUUUGUGCAUCAGUGCAUCAUUAGUGCGCAGCAGAUGGACACAAUUUAUGCAAAAAUUGAACAAGUAACAAUCAGGAAAGUAAAUCAAUAUCAUAAUGAAAAGAUUUGUUGACUGUCAGAUAAUUUAUUACUGUGUUUUAGGUGAUGAAUGCUUGGUAUCUAUUCACUGUAGAUCACUAAAACAAGCUAAUAAGUAAUUGGACAAUAAAUUUGCUAUAGUAUUAAAAGAACAUAGGCUCUUAAAGACCUCAGAGAAGUCAGAGUACAGAGAAUAUGAAUAUGAAUGAGACGUGAUGGGCAGAGGGCAGCUGUAGUGUUGUACUCUGAUGUGCACACCUGCCAAACACUGCUUUCACAACUCAUCCAUUUGUUUUCAGCCCGGCAGAGCGAGAGCGGUGCACGUGCAGCCGCCCUCAGCGCUGCUGCACCCUGGUCUAUGUGGGUGUAUGAAAUCCUGUGCGUGGGAGGAAGUAGGUAGGUGGGGAAGUGGGUAUAUAAGUGAGAGAAGUCAGGUGCUGCUCAAACACCCAUGAUGAGGUCACUUACUGAAACUGCAUGUGGAAGGUAAGAGCGGCAGCUUUAACUUUUGCUUUGCAUCGCUUUCAUGCUGAACGGUUGCAUCUGUGCUCGGAGGCCUCUGCUGCUCCGCUGCUGCCGAUCACUUUUGCGUAAUCUAUGUUUUCAACUUAUCCUCCGGAAGUCUUUGUUUGACAGCCACACACCCACCCGAGCACAGCCAGCCCUUCUCCUUCCCUCACUCUCCUCCUCUCUGCCGCACCACUUUUCAUAGUGCAUCUUCUGUCUCAUUUGCAUUUGUUCCGCUUCCUCAUGACAAGAAACAGUCCAUGUCACAGAGCUGAGCGAGGAAAAGAUCGCAGAGCAGCACGAGCAGCAUGACGGAACAGACUGAAGGCAGGUUCUGAGGCUGGAGCUCUGGGAGCUGGAGAACUGUUACUGAGUCUUGUGCAGAGGAAUCGGUAAUUAGAGACCUGGCGCUGGUACAUCACGACAGCAGCACUGUUACCAUGGAGACUGGCAAGCCGGGACUGGUGAGUGCUCCAGUGCACAUCGGCGCCGUCGCAGCACAGACAGAGAAGAGGAUGGACAUCCAGGCCCCGCUGAGGGCUGUUUACAUCCACACAGUGCCUGCUGUGCCGGCGCAGCCUCCCGCAGCUGUCCGCGAGCCAGCCAUGCUCCAUCUGGCCGUGCCGUCGCUCUACUCCAACGAGACGCUUCCCUUCUUGACACUCCAUAUUGCAGGUGGGCUGCAGCCUCAGCCAGGCCUGAGCGCGGCAGCCGGUGCUCCUGCGUCCAGGCCCAAAUCGGCAGGGAAGCACGUGUGUCCUCACUGUGGGCGAGACUGCAUGAAGCCCAGCGUGCUGGAGAAGCAUCUCCGCUGCCACACAGGAGAGAGACCUUACCCCUGCGCCACCUGUGGAGUUUCCUUUAAGACUCAGAGCAACCUCUACAAGCACAAACGCACUCAGGCUCACGCCCGCCUGUCGUGCGAGUCCGAGCAGAGCAGCCUGGGCAGUGUGGACAGCAUGUCCAGCUCCAGAGACACUUGCAGCUCCAGUUUAUCUCUAGAUGAGGACGACAUACGGCAUACGACAAAGGAACAAGACUCUAUGGGUGAACAGAACGAGCUGGCCGCUGCUGCUCACAAGACGCAAUCAAAUGGAAGAGUAGAAGACCAAAGUGAAAUAGCUCCUUCGGGUCUUGGUCGACAUCUUCACCUCCAAAGACAAGAGGCCACUCUGUUUUCCAAGCAGUGGGAAAACUCUGUGUCCAGUGGAAAGUCACAGAGCCACGAGAGCACAGACUCCGGCUUCAGUGAGAGCAACGACCACUACCUGAGCCCGGUCAGCGUUUUACCCCACUCGCUCACCAAGUCCAAGGAGCGUCUGGAGGAAACCACCAGCACAAACGCACCUUCUGAACCCGAGCCCAGAGACCCCGCGAGGGUCCAGGAGCAGAAGACGCUGGAGGAGCGCAUCUCCAAGCUGAUCUCUGAGAAUACAGCUGUUGUGGAGGACAAACAGCUGGACAACGUCAGGCCACGGAAGACGGUUUUGUCCAAACAGGGCAGUAUUGACCUCCCUAUGCCAUACACGUACAAGGACUCUUUUCACUUUGACAUGAAGAUCGGUAAGACCCAGAGUGUGGGGCUGCACAGACUCAGGGCGCCCGCUCUGCACAGCUCCGUGCCAACGCAGCGCUCCUGCAGCGCGGAGCACGCGCCCUUGACGCGCAGCAACUCGCUGCCCUUCAGCGUCGCCCUCCUGCAGCCCGAGAGCCCGGCCUCCUCCCACCACCGCGACUACGUGAGCCUGGCUCGCAGGGGCAGCUCCGGCCAGAGCGCUCCAGCGGCGCAGAUGAGGCCCGUGGCCCAGCACUCGGCCGCCCACCGCCCGCUGGUGCGGCAGGCGGCCGUUGACUGCAACCACGCAGCAGACGCUCACUUCAUGAACUCAUCUGUGGAGGAGGCGUGCGACGGGGACGGUGGCGACGCGGGUGCAGAGCCAAGCAGCAGGAAGUCCAAAAGGAAGAAAGCGCAGAAGUUUGCAUACAACAAGUGGUACAUGUACGGCGGCGGGACAUUUAAGAAGCUCUACAGCCCUGAGAAAGGUGGAGAGAGCGCAGUCAUCAAAGGCCGGAGCCAUGAGGUCAUCCAGAGGUCACCGGCGGCUCAUAAGGAUGCGACGGCCGACACGAGCAGCAGCGGCGCUGCACUGUGCCUCCCAGGCUGCCCUCCUCUCAAACCCCCAUCAGCCUCUGCUCUGACCUUUGACCUCAAAGCCAGCCAGCUUCAUCCAUCAGCCACUCCUCUGAAAGCUCCACUUCGGAGAAACCUGUCUCUCUCAGUGCUGCCGCUAUCGUCAGUCGGAUCGUUUCUUGGUCUCAAAACGAGCAGCACAGACGCAGGGGCAGUGAUUAACGGCGGCUCCGCUUCGCAGCUCUGCGGAGCCCAUGUUCCCUCUGACCGGAAAAAGCAGAAAACCCAUGACCAAAGCGCUUUCCCGCUGAUGGACGCGGCUCGGAGUUCAGUGACUCAUCCCCUUCCCUCUGUCGCUGGCGUUGGGCCUCAGCAGGAAACGAGCGUAAGUUCUGUCAGCUUUCCAGAAAAUCAAAUACGCACUCAAGUCAAAGAAGCCGUCUUCCUGCCGCGCAUAAUCAGUGCAAAUGUGGCGUCUGUCGGAGCCUCACCGGAGACUUCCGUCUCUUCUACUGCCAAGACCAGCUUCCUGCCCAAAUACCAGCUCAAGUUACCGAACGCCAGCGACACUGAGUCACCAGUGAUGGACAAACCAUCAGGAACCGUCCACACCUUCACGUCUGUGCCUCCACCUUCUACCAGCGAGCACAACUCAGUCUUAGGUGCACCUUCUGAAACCAGCUGUGAGGAACUUUCCUUUUCCUCAUUGAGCCAGACCCCUGAUAUCAACAAGACAAAAGCCUCGAGUUCCACACAAACCCAGUUCAUCCCACCCUCUAAAACAACUCUUUGUCCUGCUCAAACCUCAGCGCUGUGUGAGAACGUGACGAGUCUUCCUGGAGCCACCACCAUGACCACGACCUGUCUGAAAAACAAGCAGGCUGGCAUAUGCAGCACCUGGAUACACCCCUCAGCAUCUGCAGCCAGCUCAGCACCUGUACAGGUCCCCACACACGCUGCACCCGUGGCUGCAAACGUCCCCGGUAGAUGCACUGUAACCUCAGCGACUGACACCACAGGCCAGGCCGCCCCUCACCGCCCGCCGGCACACCCACAACCAGCAGCCAACCCCGGGAGCGGCGCGUACGCUGGCCAACGCACCCCGCUGAGGCCCUGUGACGUGGUGCCCUUCAAUCAGGAGCAGCCUGUGAGUCAGAACGUGUUCCAUGUUCACACCGCAGACCUGCAGAUCUGCCUUCAGAUCAUAUCCGAUGAACAGCUGGCUCUCAUUGAGCCGCAGAUUGAGCGGGAGGCGCCAGGAGGGAUCCAGAGUAAAGCUCCGAACUCCACGGUGAGCGAUGACCAUCAGCCGCCACGACAGCCAAGGGAGACAAGCCACGCUGGGAAGGUUCAGCCAAACAUCCACCUGAGUGAACGCAGCACUUCUAGUCCAGCCGAUCCAAAGCCUCCUGACGCUCUAGGCUGGACCCUGCGCCCACACAGGAACAGCAAUGCACACGCCGAGAGCUCGAGCUCUGGAGGCGACGUUAUAACUGCUGCUUCACUCAGAGGGGUUGAUCCAGGGAAGCAUCAGACGGCCGAUGGGGAACAUGACAGGCAUCCUGCUGGAGAACAAAGUUCACUGGACAGGACGCUCGCCCAAACACCAAGCCUCAGUAAGAGCUGCUCUGCUCCCAGCAUAGGAAGCCUUCUCCUGGUUAAGGAGGCCAACAGGCUGGAGCCCAGAGAGACCCCCUGGUCUCUGCAGGGGGUCUCGGCUUCUCCGUCUGCCUCAGGAUGUGCUCAUACUGUCAGCAGACAGCUAAAGGCACAGGUAUCAGCCCACGACAGCGAUCCCCUGUGUAAACCAGCAGACAGAGGCUGCGACAGGGUGGGGCCCUUCCACGACCCUGCCCCUUUACAGGAAAUCACUCCUGGUGAAGCCGAAGGCCUAAUCGGUUUAGCUCAAGAACAGCUGGGUCUGAUCACUGCAGCGUCCUCUAAAAGCCAGGUGGAAAUACCCAGAGACGAACCAGCGGUGCUUUCAAGUGUCCAGAGCGCUGCUGCAGGGGUUACGCAGGCAGCCUCCCCUGUGGCACGCGCAGGUCAGACAGAGCCACAGGACCCGGGCCACGCAGCGGGCUCACGCUGCAGGCUGAGGCCGCGUCCAGACGCCAGAGACACGAGGAGCACGACGGACCGGGGAACCGGGACAGACCAGGGGGAAACCCUGAAAGUCAAGGAGGAAUCUUUGAAAUCGUCCUGGUUAACUGAGCAGCAUCGGACCCAGACACACUCAGGAAUGUCUGAACACCCCCCACAGAGUCCUCAGCACCCCAGUUCACCACGGCCCCCACCAGAAACCAACAGCCAGCAAACACAGACCCCAGGUCAGUCAAAGGAAGGCAAACAGACCCCAGCACAGGCCCAGAUAACAGGGGGCUGGACUGAGAGCAGCCACACGUCCAGCAGCACAGACACUGGGAGGCCGUGGCCCCCACACGACUACGCCUCGCACGUCCCUGACCCCAACAGCAAAUACCAGGCCUUCUUCCUGACGGGCCAGUUUCACAGCUUUCAGCCAGGCGAGUGUCUGAACAACGGCGUGAGGGCCGUCCUGAGCUGCCCGGACGCAGAGGACACCAGCAGCAGCGACGAGGAGGGCAAGCUCAUCAUCGAGCUUUAGGCGGAACGGGCUCAUAUGCAAAACCAAGCUUUCAAUAUGUUUACACAUCUGGGGCCGAAACCGUGCCACCGGCUCAGGAGCUGUAUGUUAACGUAUGGUCUGUCGUCCGUGCUUUAUUAUUCCAAAUGUGAUUACAAGCAAAAGUAGUCCAGCCUCCAGUGAGUAAGUCAGUAAAGUCAGGAACAGCACGAACACAGAACUGUCAAACCUUGGCUUGAAUACAUACAAACAAUCAUCUGUCACCUUCCUUCUGUUUGACAUCACUUCAUCUCUAGUGGCUCUGAGUGUUGAGAGGCUUCAUGUGCCACAACCAAAGAUGAAACUUCAGCACCAAGAACUGAACACACGCUCACAAACAGACACGUGAACCUUCCCAUGCUCGCGCUCAUAAAUAGCUCCAUGUAACCUUCACAGACGCCACCUGCCUGUGAAUCAUGUACACAUGGCUGUCAAUCAUCAGCCAGGUGAUUCUGGGGGGGUCCCUUCUCUCGCCUGGACUUCCCGAUGAGUCAGCGAUGUGUUGCACAGCGGCUCACGAGAGGAAAUGCUUGGAUGUGGAUUCACUGCUGCGAAUCAGACGUCCUGUGGUCAUGUGUGUGUGUGUGUGUGUGUGUGUGUGUGUGUGUGUGUGUGUGUGUGUGUGUGUGUGUGUGUGUGUGUGUGUGUGUGUGUGUGUACGCGUGCACAUGCGUGUGUGUGUAUGCGUGUGUGUGUGUGUACGCGUGCACAUGCGUGUGUGUGUGUGCGUGUGUGUGUGUGUGUGUGUGUGUGUGUGUGUGUGUGUGUGUGUGUUUGUGCGUGUGUGUGUGCACGCGUACACACUGAUUUUCUAGUUUUCCAUUCCUGUUUCAGUGACAAACAGAGGCCGUUGUGUAAAAUGUGUUGUUUGUUUUCAAACAUUUUGAUAAAAGAUGACAACAGUUUUACUGGUGAGUCGUUUCCUUGAUUAUGUCUCUUAAACAUAGAAAAUACAAAACGGAAUUGUUCUUGUGAGGACAUUGUUGUUGCCUGAUGGAUCCUGUGCAGUGGCAAAGAUGUCAAUGCUAGUUUUAAACUGACAAAAGCUCCACUGCACCUUUAAGAGAGCAGAUCAGCAGAACCAGAGUGGACUCAAAUUAUGACACAAUGAAUGACUGGUGACUGGAUGAAGAGAUCAGAUGAUGAGUGAGAGUCACUGAACUGUGCCCGUUUUCAUUUUAAGCAUGAAUGAGGAAUUGCAGUAGGCAAAUAUAUCCAUUUAUUCAUUUCUACAUUCACUUUUGAUUCUUUAUUUCCAAUGUGGACUUGCUGAGUGUCUUCUCAUUGGAGGAUCCUGGUGCUCAGGUUUAGUGCUGGUCUUGUUGGCUGGAUCAGGUCUUGAGGAGGUGACGGUGGUGAUACAGUCCUCCCUGACCUGUGGUCCAGCUCCUCCAGUAGCACCUGUGUUCCUCGUCAGUCUCUAGUUGCAAUAGCAGUUACGUCCCGAUGCUAAACCUGGUAGUAUGAACUUUCCAAAAUCACAGAGGGAGUCAGUAACUCUCAGUGUUGGACUCUGAGAGGAAGCCUUCACCUACUGUGAAGUGCCUUUGUAAUGGAUAGUGUGACACUGUUACUAUGAGAUCGAACAACAAGGAAGGGGCUUCCUGCAGUUUCCACAAUGAGCAGCAACAUCUUCUACCACACGGAGUAAAGUUAAACUUACCUAAAAGUCAUGUUUGUACCUGUUUCAACUCAUUUGUUUUAAGCAGUGCCAUUGUUUUUUUCCAUUGUGUUGUUCCUGCCAUGUCUGACGUUAUCUAUAACUGGAAGAUCAAACACAAUCAUUUCAAACCUGCUUAUAAACAACAGACAGUGUGAGAUGCAGCAACUUCACUAAGGCACCACCAACCCAUCAACAGCCCACACAGUGGAGUAAGUGUAACCCAGCAACAUGUGUGAAGUGAUAUGAGAAGUCCUGCUCCCUGUGAAGAAUCAACUAAGAAUCAAUCACUUCGCUCAAAAUGUACAUAAUGUUAAUUAGAGAUAACCUGUGGAGAUGACUUUCUUUUAACAAUUCUGUAUUUUUGUCCUUUUUCAAAAAUAAAGAUUUUCUAUUCUAUUC